ACGUCAUCUCUUUUUUUCUUCCAAAUAAUUUCUGCAACCUCCCUUCUUCAAUGCUAUCACGUUUAUUGAGCAUCACAAGGUGUUAUGCCAAAAGAUAUCCACAGACAGCAAGAGUAGCUCUUAGAAACUAUAGUACUAAAAAACCAAGCAAUGAUCCUAAAGGCUCCCAAAGCUUUUUCGACAGAACUCCCUUUUCAAGCAACAGUAAUAAAAAACCCAAUUCAGCACCACCGGGGAUGCCAAAGACCAGCGAACUCUUUGCUACAGCACUUUGCGCCUAUAUAAUCUACCGAGUUGCUUCACCUAGCGAAGACGGGCGAGAAUUAACCUGGCAGGCAUUUCGCAGCCAACUGCUUGAUCGAGGUCUUGUCGAUCGUCUUGAAGUGCUCAAUAGAGAAAGGGUUCGUGUCUAUCUACGACCUGAAGCUCACUCCAUGGGAAUAUCUCCCAGUAACGUAUUCUAUUUCUCCAUCGGUUCUGUUGGAGCAUUUGAAAGAAGUUUGGAGAAUGCACAGCGAGAGCUGGGCAUUUCACCAAAUGAAGCAAUUCCUGUUGCUUAUCAUGACCAAGCCAAUGUAGCCGAAAUGAUACUUCAAUUUGCGCCCACAAUGUUAUUAAUUGGCAUGUUAUUCUACAUUAGUAAGAAAGGCCCAGGGGGUUCGCAAGCUGGUGGUAUAUUUAAUAUCGGAAAAAGCAAGGCUAAAAGGUUCAAUCAAGAAGACAAAGUGAAAAUUUCCUUUAAAGACGUCGCAGGCGCGGACGAAGCCAAACUAGAGAUUAUGGAAUUUGUCAAUUUUUUAAAAAAUCCUGCAGUGUAUGAAAAAUUGGGAGCCACGAUUCCCAAGGGCGCCAUCCUCUCCGGCCCUCCUGGUACGGGUAAAACGCUUUUGGCAAAGGCAACGGCAGGAGAGGCAGGUGUUCCUUUUUAUAGCGUGUCUGGCUCUGAGUUUGUUGAGAUGUUUGUCGGCGUGGGCUCUUCCCGAGUCCGUGAUUUAUUUGCAACAGCCAAGAAAAACGCUCCUUGUAUCAUCUUUGUGGACGAAAUUGAUGCGAUCGGCAAGACUAGAGGCAAGGGCGCUGGUCAGUUUGGCGGUGGCAACGAUGAGCGCGAAAGUACAUUGAAUCAGCUUUUAGUCGAAAUGGAUGGGUUUGAUUCUGAUCAACAUGUGGUUGUUUUGGCUGGUACAAAUAGGCCUGAUGUGCUGGAUCCUGCUUUGUUAAGGCCAGGGCGAUUCGAUCGACACAUUACUAUUGAUCGACCCGAUAUUAAUGGUCGCGUGCAAAUAUUUGAAGUACACCUUCGACCCAUUAAAGCUGACUUGGACAAACAAGUACUUGCUCGUAAAUUGGCAGCACUGACUCCUGGAUUUGCUGGUGCUGAUAUUCACAAUGUAUGCAACGAAGCUGCUUUAAUUGCUGCUCGCCGUGGAAAAGAUAUGGUAGAAGAGAAAGACUUUGAGGAUGCUAUUGAACGUGUUAUUGCAGGUUUAGAAAAGAAAUCUCGCGUACUGUCGCCUGAAGAGAAGAAGACGGUGGCGUAUCAUGAAGCUGGCCAUGCCAUUGCAGGUUGGUAUCUCAAGUAUGCAGACCCGCUGUUGAAAGUAUCUGUAAUCCCUCGAGGAUCUGCUGCACUGGGGUAUGCUCAGUAUUUGCCACAAGAUCAGUACCUCUAUUCAAAGAAACAGUUAUUAGAUCGUAUGUGUAUGACCUUAGGCGGACGCGUAUCAGAGAAGAUCUUCUUCAAUACUAUCACAACCGGCGCACAGGAUGAUCUUCAGAAAGUGACUAAAAUGGCAUAUGCUCAGGUUACAGCCUAUGGUAUGAAUGCAAAGAUAGGCCCAAUCUCCUUCAGCGAUCCUCAAAAUGAAAAUAGAUUCCAGAAGCCAUUUUCUGAAGAAACAGGAGAAUUGAUUGAUAAUGAAGUGCGAUCACUUGUUUCAGAAGCUUAUGACCGUACGCUUCGUCUCUUAACAGAAAAGAAAGAUGAAAUAGAGAAAGUAGCGCAGUUGCUUCUAAGUAAAGAAGUCAUCACAAGAGAGGACAUGGAAAACUUGGUGGGUAAAAGACCAUUUGAUGAGCAUACUACAUAUGAUGAAUAUGUUAGACGAAAUCCUGCUAAUCCUUAAUAUCAUUCUACAAGGUGAUUUCUUCUCACUUUCCUACUACUAUGUGUGUGCCUUUUAUUGUACUGCAUUUGUAAAAAUGUAUGAUAUAAACUCUGUUGAAAAGACAGAUUCAUCCAGCAAGAUACUUUUUUAUUUGUAUAAGCAUAAUGUUGGUUAUGCUCCAUUUAUGCUUUUCGUCAAGGUGCUCUUGGGGGUUUUGUUUUUGUUGUGAGACACCGCUAAAACAGCACCUUCAUUAGUUGUUCUAAGAUAAGCGGUAGGCUUUUCAACAACAUAGCAGAAGCCUUCAGUGUUCCCCAAGGAUGAUAUGAAACAAAAAGCCCAGGCUCUUUAUAGCAAGUGUUUCCGUACACUUUAAUUAUUCUAACGAAUCGUAUUUUUCGAUUAUAGCUUCAUAUAUCAACUGUUUAUCUUUGGUGAAGAGCGAUAUUAAGAC